UAAUGAUGAUGAAAAAAUCUUAAGGAUGUAAUAAUCUAAUAAUAUUCAAGUUUUUAAGAACUUAGAUAUUUUUGGUUAAAACAUACAAUUGAAUUUUAAUGGAGAGAAUUAAUAUUAAACUGCUGUUGGUGGUUUAUUUUCUAUUGCAAUUAUUGCAGUUAUAGGAUUCUUCUUUCAAUAGAACAUUGUUAAUUUUCUAAAUAGAAAUGAAAUAAAUCUAAACACUUAAACUAUAUUCGAUUCAAAUCCAGACAGAAUUGAAUUAAAUGAUAACAAUUACAUGUUUGCAAUAGCAGUUGAAUAACCUUAAUUCAACACUUUUCCCUUCUUCAACAUAACUAUCAAAUAACGUAUAUAUACAAGAUCUUCUAAUGGAACAAUAUAGAAAAAUGAUACUUUCAUUGAUCUUAUCCCUUGUACUUAAGAUCGAUUUCAAAAUAUUUUUAAGAAUUAAAAUUUCACACCUUAGUUUACUUCACUUAAAUUAUAGGAAUGGUUAUGUCCUCAACAUAAUUACUCUAUUAUUUUAAGUGGUGGUUACACAAGUGAUCUUUUUGAAUUUGUCAAAAUAGCUGUUAGCGAUUGUUCCAAUGAUACAGCUUCUAAUACUAUUUUAUCUUGGAAACCUUAAUGUUCUAGUUCUUAAAAUAGAGAUCUAUAUCUAUAAUAAGAACGUUCUUUUAGAAUUAAAAUGUAAAGUUUCUACUUUAUUAUAGGUAUAUGACAAAUAAUGUAAUUAAUCCAUUAUAAGUUUAGAAUAUGUCUUAAGUCUUUUUAGAUGAUGAAUCAUUUUUUUCUUUUCUUAUCUAAACAGGAACAGAAACAGAUGUCUUUUAUUAAAAAUAUAACAUAACUACAGAUGAUAAUGUUUUUCCAUAUCUUAAAGAAAUACAAGAAAAUGUUUAUAAUGUGAAAAAAGCUGGAGAUUUUAAAACUAGCACUGUCCAAAAUAAUGGAUAAUAAUAUUCAGCUAUAUAUAUGAGAAGAAGUCCAUACACAUUUGUUAUUAAAAGGGAUUUUUAGGAUAUUGCUGAUUUACUCUCUUAUCUUGGAGGAUUUGCUAAUAUUGUAGCUCUUAUUUUUGGAAUCCUCAUAAAAUCUUAUAAUAAAUCAAGAUGUAUGAAUUAUAUUGAUUUAAUUUAGUUAUGAUUGAUUUGGCUAAUUAGAUUUAUGAUUUUCCAAUUAAGAAUGAUACUCCAGAAGAAAAUUAAAAAAGAAAAGAAAUUAAAAAAACAAUAGCCAGGGCUAAAAGUAGAACUAUAAUUAUUAAACCUUAAGAUUAAGAUUUAUAAUCUUAAUUAUAAUCUCCAAAAUAUACACAAAAUCAAUAAUUAAUUUUAAAUGAUACUAUUAAAAAAGAAGAAUAAUUUAUAUCCAAACAAGAUGAAAUAUAUCCAGCAAAAUCAGAAUUUAUUAUUACUCAUCGUUAAGAAGAAUAACGAUUAUUCCAGUAAGAAUAAGAAUAAAUUAUCAAAUAACUUGGUAUUAAUGAUCGAAAAGGUUAUUUAACUUAAUAAAUCUUAAAAAUAUUAAAUAGAAGCAAACCUAUUUUAUUUAAUUAUAAAUAUAUACUCUCUAAAAUCUUUUGUACUAAAUUCUUUUAUGAUCGUAAUUGUAUACUAUUACAAAAAGCUAUGUAAGAUUUUAAAUUAAAUAAUAUAGAUAAAAAAUUAAUAAAGAUUUAGAUCUCUGUGUUAUUAUAGACAAAGUCAAAGAAAUUAAUUUAUUAAAAGAAUUAUUAUUAACUCAAGAUUAAUUAAUUUUAUUUGAUUUUGCUCCUAAAUAGACUAUUAAUCUUUUAGAGGAAUAAUAAAAUAUGACUAGAAGUUUAGUAAGAAGAACAUUAGAUAGUUUGAGAUCAAAUUCAACUUCAGUAGAGAGUUUUAAUUAAGAUGAUUCACUUAAUGCUUAUUAUAAGUUAUUUUAGGUGACAAUAACUAUAUAUAAUAUAGGCUUAUGA